UCUUUGUGUUAUCACCCAUGGUUAUCACCCCAGCUCUUCCAAAGUACAAUCAGUACAAUAGUCCAAAAAUCUCUGAUCAGCUUAAAGACAUACUCGCGGUUCAAAAACAAUCUACUUUAAAGAGAAACAGCGUGGAAAAGUAGCAACAGAAAGACUAAAUAACCAAGGAAAGUUCUGACCAACAGAAACAUGGAAACGACAUCAUCACUAUUUAAGUCCGUCUCUCGUAUGGUGUACUCGCCCCCACAGCGGCCAUUCAAGGUGACCACCCAUGACCGGGGAAUUAGGAAGGGCAUCACCGCGACAACGUUGCAGGAGCUGAGGGAGAAGGUGGCAGAGGUGCUGGCGCUGUCCUCUCUCUUCUUGCUAGUGUGUGAGGAGGAUGGAACCGAGGUGGACUCGGAGGAGUUCCUGACCGUCCUGCCGGACAACACCGUGUUCAUGGGCCUAGAGCCUGGGCAGACUUGGACAGCCCACAUUACUCUUCCAAGGAGCAACGGCAUCAAACCAUCCGAGAGCAAACCCAGGAAGGGCCAGGACAUCGCUCGCGUCGUCCUGGACUUCUACCGCCUCAGCCCACAGGAUGUGUUCGGCUCGCUCAGCGUCAUGGCCACGUUCCAAGGCCUGUACUCGGUCGGAGCGGACUUCCAGUUCCUAGGUCCCAAAAAACUUCUGAGGGAGACCCUUCGGAUGGGCUCCAUGCUUCUCCAGGCCGCCGGCCACAUGCUCAUCACGUGUGCCUCCAUGAUGAAGCGAAUCAUUGAGGGCGCCGACCUGAUUCAGAACCAGCGUGAGCCUGUCACCUACAAAGCGCAGUGGAACUGAUGCCCCCCCCCCACCUCCACCACAGGGCAUCAGUCACUGGCACAGCGCCAACAUGAAUCACACACCGUGCCCACCACUGUGUGUGGAUGUAGACACAAUAGGUGGCUUUUUUUUUUUUUUAGUCUGACGCUGUGGGUAAACUUCACAAUCGGUGAUGAAAAAGACUAACAGGCAGGCCCUUUUAUUAUUAUUUCAUUAUAUUAACACUUGCUUAAAAAAAGAGUAAUGUUCUAGAUGUUAGAGAUACUUCUGGGUGUGUUCUUUUUCAAGGUCACCAAUUAAACCCACUAGUAAGCACAACACUAUAUUAUUUUGAUGUAUAGCCCAACAUGCUGCUUGUUGUAUUUAUAAUCAGGUUUCUAAGCUUAUGUAACUAGAUUACUAGAAACUUGUUUUCUUUAAUAUUAGGGUAACAUGAUGACAACAUUCAAAGUUUCAUUUGGAUGCCAAGUCAUGCUAACAUAAAUGAAAAACAUGAAGUAAAAAACUUUUUUUCAACUACAA